AUGCCAUCCUACAAGUUGUCCUACUUUGAUGCUAAGGGUCGCGCAGAGGCCAUCCGUCUUGCGCUGCACUGCGGUGGGAUCCCGUUUACCGAUGAGCGUCUAUCUCGGGAGCAAUUCGCCGAAAAAAAGGAGAGCUUUCCGUUUGGACAAGUACCCAAUCUGACCGUCGAUGAGAAAACGAUGAUCCCUCAAGAAGUAGCCAUCCUUCAAUAUGUUGGCCGUCUUUCUGGUCUCUACCCGUCCGAUCCAGAGGAGGCUCGCCAGGUCGACGUUAUGCUUAAUGUUGCCAAUGAUUUCUAUUCAGCCAUGGCGGCGUUUUUCAUGCCGGACAACCCAGGAAAGGAGCAAUUGAAGACGAUGGCGGUCGAAAGCCAGUUCCCGAAGCUGUUUGGCUAUCUCGAAAGGUAUCUCGCCAAGAACGAAACGACUUUCAGCGCUGGAAACAAACUUACGAUAGCCGACUUCAGGCUCUACUCGAUCAUCUCCAACCUCAAAGCCGGCAUGCUUGAUGGCUGCCCUACCGACCUGGCCGACAAGUACCCUCACGUCGUGAAGCUCUAUCAAGCCAUAGAUGGUCACGAGAAAGUCGCCAGCUGGAACAAAACUCAAGCCAAGUGA